AUGGAGCCUUGCAUGGAGUAUUUCUUGGCACAAGUGCUGCAGAAAGACAUGGGACGUCGGGUGCAAAUUGCUCAGGAGCUGAUAGAGUACAUCACAGAUCGCCAAAAAUCCCAUGAUCUGGAACAGGACCAAUCUAUGCUGGAUCGAAUGGUUGAUGGCCUUGCGGCUGGUUGGGUAAACUCCAGUAACUUCAAGGGCAAACACAAGAAUGCCAUACUUCAAAUGAUCACAACAGUAGAGAUAUUUUAUAAUCCGUCUGUUCAGAGCUGUUUUUACACACUCCUAGAGCAGGUUUUCCGAGCUGCUGCUGAAGCAGGUCCUUACGACAUUUUGAAACUAUACAACACAAAAGGCAACAUUAUAAACAUCUCCCCAAAGCUGGAGUCCAAUACUCGGCAAACACAGUACAAACUGGAAGUCGUUGCUGCUGAUUGUAAGACCGAUUCCUUAGGUUCUGAACUGGCAACGGCUUUGGGAUUUGAUCUGUUGGCUAUGGAGAAAAGGUUACAGGCAUUGGAGAAGAAAAUUCUAGUUGAGUCUGCAGACAUGCCAUCCAUCAUGUAUGAGAUGAGAAAUCGGGUAGAGUCAUUUCGGGAGAAACUUGAAAGUGUCGAACACCUCAGCUGGCUAGGGCUAUUUAAAGAGCUGACGGAGGGAAUGAAUAAACCUUCACCCUUUUAUCACAAAUGUUCAUUGAGAAAAACAAAAGAAGAGUGCCAGCAAGUCAUGGAAAAUUACCUGCAGAUGAGCAGUCUGGAGGUCACAGAAGAAGUUAGACAGUAUCUGAAGACACCAACCUUCGAUAACUGGCAAUGGGAAGAUGCAGAGAUCAUGGUGCUCCUUCAGCUGAUGUAUAUAGACCUGGAUUUCAUGAGCAAAUUCAACAUUGAAAUGGAGGUCCUGCAACAAUUCCUUUUCGAGGUGUAUCGCCAUUAUAACAACAUUCCCUUCCAUAACUUCAAGCAUUGCUUCUGUGUCACCCAGAUGAUGUAUGGGUUGAUCUGGUUAACAGACCUUCAAAACAAAAUGGACGAUAUUGAUAUCCUAACCAUGCUCACCUCAGCAAUAUGCCAUGAUCUGGACCAUCCAGGCUAUAACAAUGCAUAUCAGAUCAAUGCUCGCACAGAACUAGCUUUGAGAUACAACGACAUCUCUCCACUGGAGAACCAUCAUUGUUCUGUGGCCUUUAAGAUCCUAGAAAAGCCUGAAAACAACAUAUUCCGAAAUUUGACAACUGAACAAUUUAAACGGAUUCGAGAAGGAAUGAUAAAGUGUGUUCUUGCCACAGACAUGACUCGUCAUAAUGAGAUUCUGAAUCAGUUCAGAUCCAUUGUGUCAGUAUUUGAUUUUCACAACAAAAACCACAAGGACAUUCUUACAAUGAUUAUCAUAAAAGUAAGCGACAUUUCCAAUGAAGCUCGACCCUUGGAUGUAGCUGAACCUUGGCUGGAUUGCUUAUUGCAGGAGUUUUUCAAUCAGAGUGACAUGGAGAAGCUAGAAGGGUUGCCAGUGUCUCCAUUCAUGGACAGGGAUAAGGUGACAAAGCCAUCUUCCCAAACGGGUUUCAUCCGCUUUGUAUUGCUGCCAUUGUUUAUUGAACUUGCAAAUCUGUUCCCCAAUUUGGAGCAACACAUCAUUGACCCUGUGCGAAAGGCUUUGGACUAUUACACAGAGAUGGAAAAAGCCUUAGAAAAGGAGAAACAGAAUCGUACUGGAGGGUCACAGAGUGAUAAAGUAGUGAAACCUCCAGAGAAGCAGAAUGAAAACCAAAAAAAUACAGAUCAAACUGAAUCAUAUAAAACUGCAAACAGUACUAAGCUGAAAGUCAACAGUUCAGGCAUUUUGAAGAAGACAAAAGCAUUGCAACCUUUGCAGAAAAUUGAGUAA